GCCUCUGCGAUCGCUCUCCAGAUCAGCCCCAUCGCCCUUCCCCGCCCGAGCACUGUCUCGAGUCUCUUCUCCCACCCGCUCCUCCGCCCGAGCGCCCAGUCCAUAUCCACGCCUAUCUCGGACUCUUGAAUAUUCAUGAGCAGACUCAGAGCACGCCGCCGUCGCGAGGCAGAAGAUCUCUCGGAAGGAGAGGAAGAUUGCCCAUCACCAGAGCCCGCUCCCGUCCCUGCUGCCUCGGGAUCGCUGCAGGCCAAGCGCCAUUCGGCCGCCGAUCCCGAUGCCCUCGCAAACACCGAUUCUUCCCAAGACAUCCAUGCCGAGAACGCGGAUCACUCGGCACGCGAUGGCCUUCGGGACGAUCACGAUGAUCAGGACGAUGACGGUGGCGAACGGUUCAACGAAGAGGACGACGACUUUGAUGACGAUGACGAUGAGGACGACGACGAAGACGAAUACGACGACGACGAAUACGAUGAAGAGGAGGAGGUUGUGGAAUACGACGGUGGCGAGGACGGCCUAGAGAUAGAAGAGAGUAAAUCUGCCGCCGAUAUAGACGUGACCGGCUCCUCUCGCCGGGCCAACCCCAGCAGCCGCGAUCCUCUCGCCGAUCAGAGUUCCACAGAUCCUUCCCAUUCCGCGGGUGUCGCUCGCAAUGAUCCUGCGGCAGAUGAGCCGGAAGAGGAGAUUUACGAGUACGAAGAAUCCAAGGCAGAGACCACGACUACCCCCCUCAAGUCCCGGGCCGUCGCCGAUGCCGCCCUGACCAAGGCGCAGGACAUCCUGGCCCGAACUCGGUCCAAAGCAACGGCCAAGCGAUCCGUCGACCGGGCCAAGCUCAAGCUUGAGAAAAAGGCACUUGCUGCCUCGGCUGCUGCCGCGCCUGCCACCACACGCCCGGACGAGUCCCCGGCUGUCGACAAGAUCUCCCCGCAGCCGCAGCAGGCCAAGCCUGUCGCUGGUCCGUCCCCUCUGCCGCUACGCCGCAACGACCCAUCCGCUACUCCGCACUCGGGCACAUUUUGGCUCCAUGACAACCGAUUCCAUGGACGCUCAUCCAGAGGACGCGGACGGGGCUCGAUCAGCCCGAGCUCGCGCCCAGCACCCAAGUACGCCGACCCGGAGCCAGCCAAUCCUCCGCCGGUCGAUGUCGCAGGUGCACCUUCGCCCGACUUGCCCAAGCAGCGCGACUCGCGGGACAGCAGUUUGCUCAGCCGCUCGGCAUCCACCUCGUCGCGAAGCCGGAGUGGCCGCCACUCGCACUGGGAAACAGACCAGGAUCCGCUCAACCAGAAAUGGACCCAUGACCGGUUUGAUGAGAACCAGGAGCCCCCGGACUCGCGCGAUCGAUUCAAGAGGAAGAGCUGGAACACGAGCUACGGCAAGCAGCCGCCCCAGGUCCAGGACGUGACGACAUCGAGCUUUGUUGUCAAUGAGCACGUUGUCCGGAUCGAAAAGAAGCCGUCGACCUCCAGCCUGAAAGCCGCAGCCGCCUCGCAGCCGCGAAAAGCCUCUCCAUCCGGCGAGCCCAACGCUGACUCGAGAGACACGCCAUCGCCUACAACUUCACACGGAAAGCCGCCCCAGGCAGUCUUGAGCCGCAAGUCCAGCCAGCCCCAGCUCUACCGUCCUCCGUCUCAGACCUUCAAGAACCAUUUCCAAAAGACAGUGCAGUCCAUUCAGCAACAAAACCAAGCCGGACAGGCUGCACCUCGCUCGACAUCGCCUCUGCCACAGUCCGCUACUUCUGCGACAGAUACGGCCGGCUCCCUGGCAUCGUCGGUCGCAUCUCUCAGCGUAUCGGCGGCAGCUAAAGAUGACGCUCGGCAAGACCCUGAAGAGGCCAAGGCCCUCGGUGCCGACAAAGCCGAGUCCGAUUCCAAGAAAGCAACCUUCCCCAAGCACAAGUCAAAGCGCUAUCUCAGCCAGAAGGCCCAGAAUGUGCCUGCCAAUGCCAGCGUCGACGAAGCAUCGGCUGAAGGCGCCCCGACCCUGAAGAAAGCCGUGAAUGCCCCGGAAUUCAUGCCUGCUUCGAGCCAGAACACAUCCUAUGUCUACGAUGGCGAGGCUGCGCCCACCAACCCGUACUAUUAUGCACAAGCAUAUGCCCCCGCCGGCGGGAUCGUCCCUCUCGCCCAGCCGGUCGGCGGCCCUGGCACCGUUCCGUACAUCAUGACCGAAAACGGCCUGAUGGUGCCCUCAACCCCGGUCGGUGUUGUUGUCGAUCCCUACUACUCCAACUACGUCUUCCAUCCGCAUGCCGGGUAUGCCUACCCUGCCGAGUACCCCCCGAAUGUCUCUGGCAUGGUGACGGCGCUCAAUCCGGCCGAUCCGGCCGCCUCUUCGAGCGCCCCGCCCCGAAGCGUCGCUGCCUCUGGCGCGAUUUACUACGCCCCUGCCCACUACUACCCGUAUCCGCCGCCUCAGAUGAUGCAACCUCCGGCCCCUUCCUUUGACUUUACCCCAAGUCCCGCCAUGGACUCGGACCAGGAAGGCGAUACGAUUGCAUCGCAAAACGGCGAUGUCAAUUCGUCGAGUCCCUCGUACCAAGAUCCCUCGCAGUUUUAUUACUCCGUGCCCAUCCCGUCCGCCCCUCCAGCCUCGGCUGCUGCCUUGGUGCAUGGCUCCGGCCUCAUGACCUCGGCCCCUGCCAGCAGCUCCACUGAGGCUGGUGUGUUCACCAAAAAGCCGGACUUGGGCAAAUCCAAGAAGAUUGAAAUCAAGAAGCCUUGAAAUGUACAUUCAGUCUCGAGCAUUCUGUUCCUAGCCACUGUCCCUCGAAGGACAGAGCCUCUGCCCUUUGUUUUGCACUCUUCCCCCCCCCGUCUUCCAUUUGCCUUUCC